AUGGAAGCGAGGUGCCGCCCCAUUCCGCGCUUGACAGACUGUCUCGUGUCUUGCAGCUUGUCGAAAGAAAAGCCAAAGCUUGACCUUCAGAAGUCAAGGACCUUGAAGAUGAUACAGGAUAUGGAAAGCCCCAAGGCCGGGGGACCGCCACGCCCCCUCCCCGUGCAGGUUCCCCCACCGCAGCGGCAGCAGCAGCAGCAGCAGCCACCCUCACAGCGCUACAACGCCCCGGCUGACUCUCAAGUCCAGAGCGGCGGAUCCUUUAAGCUGCUACAGAUGAUGACGGAGGAGGCAGGGGAGCGCGAGGUCGACGACGAAGCGCAAAUGAAAGCUGCGCGUAUUCGGAGGAAGCAAGAGGAAGAUGAGGACGAGAUGUCGUUUGGAGGAUUGAGGAAGGCGACUCCAUCCGUCUCCAUGAGGAUGCUAGAGAAAUCCCUGCCGGCAGAGGGCGAGACACAAUACGUACCGCCUGAACCGGAACCGGAAGUGCACACCCGCUACCGUGGCGCCGCCAUCCCGUCGCGGUCGUUCCGCAUGCUGCAGCAGAUGACGGGAGGACCGGGAGAAGCUGACACGUCGACGCCGCUUCAUACGGAACCGGAAGCAGCCCCCGAGCAGCCUCACGGAAAUCCGGCGGAGCUUCCGCACGAGAAGGACCCCCGGAAGUACACGGGUGCGAACAUCCCCGGAAGAUGCUUCAAGAUGCUGCAGCAGAUGACUGCAGAGAACGAAGACUCAGGACAGCAGCAACAGCAGCAACAAGAUCAGCAACAACACCAGGAAGCCGCCCAGCAGCAGCAGCAGGAGGAAGUGGCGCCCGCAGCGCCAUCUUAUGAGGCAACGUCGCAACAACCGGCCGACCAACUGCUGCAGAACGGAGCGGAGGUUGGCGUGGCGGCAGCAGAGUGACGUGGCGGCUCGUAGCGCCACCUAUUUAUAGAUUAUUUAUAUAACGCGUGAACCUCGCGCAGUAUUACUCUUACUCUUUGUCGUUUAUCGUAGUUUUACAACGUGCACAACUUUUUCGCUUGCGAUCGCAAUCAUUAAUCGUUGUUACACAACAAUUAACUCCGCGCUGAGUGCCGCCUCGCUCGCUCGUGUGGUUUGUUUGUUAGAGCGAGCGAGCUAAUUAUAUAAUAUUAUAUAAAUAAUAUCAUAAUUAAUUAUAUACUAUUAUAUUAAUAAUAUUGUAAUAUAAUCAUUAAUUAUGUAAUAUUAUAUAAUAAAUGUCAUGUGACAGCUGCAGCCAGCGAAGGCUCAUGCUACGCUGUGAAGACACGGAACAAUCAGCGUUGCGAGAGAGACGUCGUUAGCAGCUAACGACAUUAACGAUGUGUUUCGUUGGCCACCGCCGCGGCGGAAAUUAAUUGCGCACGGCGUUUUUUAAUAUCCGCGUCUCUUAAAAACUUGACUCAUUAAAACCAACCUUGUUAAAAAAAACGCGUUUCCGAAAUUCGCGUAUUUUGUGUCAAAAAAAUGCUAUUGUUUAACUUUUUCUCUAACGGUCGCGUUUUACAAGGUCGCCUGCUUUUUUCCUUCCUCGUUAUUCUCCUUUGCGUGUCGCUUUUGAAGAGUAUAAAAAUCUACUCAUUGUUUCGCCUGCAUUUGUCGGUUGUCACGUGACAAUAGCUGCUGCCGUAGGAAAUGACUGUGCUCUGGCAGCAGGAGGUUAAGUAAUUAACGCGAGUUUAUAGACCACCGGUUAAUUGUAGCACGCUAUGUUUAGAACAUAACCCAGCGAGCGUGGGCUGUUUUUCUUUCUAUAGAUGCAGUUUGCAGCGUCGUAACAGCAGGUGCUAUCAGCGUUUCUGAUUAUAAUAUCGGACAAUGCUACAUCUCAUAGGCCAUUGUUAUUUACGGCAUUUAGCACGGGACAAUGGAAGACAGCUAAAAUUCAUUGUUAGCUACUGACUGUUCUAUCGAAUAAUGCAAGUCGCCUCGUGCCAUUGUUAACAACAGUGUUCAACAAUAGACGCGCACGAACGCGAUUCUCAUAUUGCGAUGCGCGUUCGUCACCGGAUACGAACGAUAUGUACGUUUUUCAUAAUAUCGUAAUAACCCGAAUGCGAGAUAUGUCA